AUGUGCAAUUUCAUUUAUCAUACGAUCACAUACAUUGCAGCGAUAUGUAUUCUGAGUGGCUGCUCGCAGGGCGAAGAGGUAUUGCCAAGGAUUGCCAUUGCCGGAAUUGCGAUCGAGUCAAGUACAUUCUCUCCCGCAAGGACUCAUGAAGAAGCAUUUCACGCAAAGUACAAGGAUGGUAUCUUCUUUGACUAUCCUUUCCUCGCAGAGACGGCAGACUUGCGACAGAGAGCCCAAUGGUUUCCAACGGUCAGAGGCCAUGCAUUGCCGGGAGGAAUGGUUACGCGGGAAGCUUACGAGUCUCUCCUUGGCAAAACCUUAAAGCUGCUUCGGGAUGAUUUGCCCUAUGAUGGCCUUUUUCUGGACAUCCAUGGAGCAAUGAGUGUUGAAGAUCUUGACGAUCCGGAAGGCGAUUUUAUCGCACGAAUUCGAGAAGUGGUGGGCAAAGAGACCUUGGUUUCGACCUCCAUGGACUUGCAUGGAAAUGUGUCAAAAAGACUUGCCGAAAACACAGACUUGAUCACCUGCUAUCGCAUGGCACCUCAUGAAGAUGCGAUGGAGUCCAAAAAGAGAGCUGCGGCAAAUCUCGUCGAGCGAUUGGAGGAAGGAAAAGGAAAACCGAAAUACAAAGCGUGGGUGAAGGUGCCGAUUCUCCUGCCCGGCGAGAAAACCAGCACCCGCGUCGAACCUGGCAAAAGCCUCUAUGCAAAGGUUCAGCCCCACACCGAACGCGAAGGUGUGAUCGAUGCUGCCAUUUGGAUGGGAUAUCCCUGGGCAGAUGAGCCCCGAAAUCACGGCGUAGUGAUGGCUGUGGGGGAUGAUAAAGAGCAAGUGGGUGAGACUGCGCAGGAAUUGGCAAAAUCGUUUUGGCAAGCCAGAGAUCAAUUUGAAUUCGUAGCACCGACUACCACGCUUGAAAAGAGCAUAGAGCAGGCACUGGGAAGUAAAGAAAAGCCAUUUUUCAUCAGCGAUAUGGGAGAUAACCCUACGGCAGGUGGAGCUGGAGAUGUCACUUGGACACUUGAUAAGAUUUUAGACGAUCCAAGACUGAAUUCGAAAAACGCGCCCAAUAUUAUUUAUGCUUCGAUUCCUGGACCGAAAUUAAUUGAGGCUGCCCUAGCCGUUGGGGAGGGAGGCAAGGUGUCAGCGUAUGCAGGAGCUGAAAUCGAUGAUCGCUAUGCACCUCCGAUUAAAUUAACCGGUAUGGUAGAGGCCAUUGUAAAAGGCGAUAAAAAUGCCGAGGUGGAAGUCGUCGUGCGCAUUAAUAAUUGCCACAUUAUUGUAACGAAGAAACGCAAACCUUAUCACUAUGAAAAAGACUUUACGGAAUUGGGCCUAAUCCUUCAAGAGACAGAUAUAGUCUUCGUAAAAAUUGGCUAUUUGGUUCCUGAAUUGUUUGACAUUCAAAAGGACUGGCUUAUGGCGCUCACUCCAGGUGGCGUCGAUCAAGAUCUAGUUAGGUUGCCUUAUAAGAGAAUAGAAAGGCCUAUGUUUCCGCUAGACACAUUUGCAAGCGAGCCCGAUCUCCGUGCUGAAUUUAUCCCAGUUAUGCAAUAG